GGAGUAAUGAAAUGUAGCAGUAUGACCAGUGGGGAUACACCCAGUCCCCGCCAACCUUCACCCCACCAUAACCACUGUCAGGGGUAAAAGGUCACACCACACCUUUGAAUGCAAAUUUAAGUCAUCAAAGAAAAUAUAUUAGUUAGGAAGUUUUAUUACCAAUAUAUAUCAAGAUGAAUCGCUACUCGAUAAUGAAACAGUUGGGAGAUGGGACGUAUGGUAGUGUCCUGCUUGCCAAGAGUACAGAAACAGGAGAGCAUGUGGCUAUUAAAAAGAUGAAGAAGAAAUACUAUUCCUGGGAUGAAUGUUUAAGUCUCAGAGAAGUUAAGUCGCUGCGGAAGUUGAAUCAUGCCAAUAUUGUGAAGUUAAAGGAGGUGAUUAGAGAAAAUGACCAGCUUUUCUUUGUUUUUGAAUUUAUGAAGGAAAAUCUGUAUCAGAUGAUGAAGGAUAGAGAUCGUGUCUUACCUGAGUCAACAAUAAGAAACGUAACCUACCAAGUACUACAGGGAUUAGCCUUCAUGCAUAAACAUGGUUUUUUCCACAGAGAUUUGAAGCCAGAAAAUCUGCUAUGCUCAGGUGCUGAUUUAGUGAAAAUUGCAGACUUUGGUCUUGCCAGGGAAAUUCGGUCACGACCUCCAUACACAGACUAUGUAUCUACCAGAUGGUAUCGUGCACCAGAAGUACUACUUCGGUCGACAAAUUACAAUUCACCCAUAGACAUAUGGGCCGUUGGUUGUAUCAUGGCAGAACUCUAUACCCUUAGGCCUCUAUACCCAGGCAGCUCAGAGAUUGACCAAAUAUUUAAAAUUUGCUCAGUUUUAGGUACACCUAAAAAGGAAGAUUGGCCUGAAGGAGCCAAAUUGGCUGCGGCAAUGAAUUUCAGAUGGCCGCAGUGUGUAGCAGCAAACCUAAAAAGUCUUAUACCUAAUGCUAGUAAUGAGGCUAUCAUGGUGUUGAAAGACAGCAUGUUGUGGGACCCCAAGAAGAGGCCCACCUCCAUGCAGUGUUUACGGUACCAAUAUUUCCAAGUUGGUCCAAAUAAAGGUAUCAAAACAGAGACACAGUGGAAUGAGCCUAAGACUAUGGCCUCCCCUGCUCCAGCGGCAGCCUCGCCAGUGAGAGUGUCCCCAGUAAGGAAGGAGGAAAGUCGAUAUUCUCCCCCUAAACCUUUCCAGGAGAAGGUGGAUUACGGCAAUAAAAUCAAUGAUCCCCUACCAUCCUAUGGCAAGGAUAAGUUUGAUAAUGACCCGAUUGCAGUGGCAGUGAAGAAAGCACCACAGAAGAGUGGAGGAAGAAAGCGAUGGGGUGUAGGUACCUCAGACUUUGAUGAUUGGGGUGAUGACCUGGACAUGAGCUUCUCUGUGCCUAGUAAACCCAAAAACACAUACAAAGGCAUCAUACCAUCCAUCAAACCUAAAAAUGAAAACAAAAAAUUUAACAAGGACUUUGAUGAUGACGACGAUGAUGAUUUCCUGGGAAGCAUACUAAAUAAAAAACCAAGUCAGAGGAUACCCCGAGUGCCAUCAGGCCGGUCGUCAGCAGCAUCCUCAGCAAAACAGCAUUACUUGGGGAAGGCUCGCUACCUACCAGGUAUAAACCCUCGGAAUAGUGCCAAGAAAGACACUGGCAGUCCUUGGAAUACUGGUAUAAACAAAAACACUGGUGGUGGGACCAAUAUGGGUCGGAAUCCUCUGCCACCACUGGGGGCACCAAGUUACAAUACACGGACCAAUCAAGAUUAUUCGUCGAGAAAUCAAGAUAAUUCAUAUGUUCCAUCCUUUUUGUCGCCAACCAAAGGCAAUGCUUAUUCCAAUGUGAGUUGGAAGCGAGCACAACCAGCAGCUCCGAUGUCCUUGAAUAAGAAUUCAGCAGGUUUUCGUCAACCUGUUGGAGCAACCAACACACGGACAGACUGGGCUGCCAAGUAUUUAAAGUGAUGGAAUUUAGUAUCAUUUCAUGACAACUAAGUGCCAAGCAUGGACAAUGUACUACAGACGUUAUGAAUUUGUCGGAGACGGCCAGUGCUAGUUAUCCAUAAAAAAUCAUCUUCAAUGAAUGCUAAUGAAUAUAACACAGAUCCAAAGAAAACUUGUUCUGGUGGGGAUGUGAUGUUAUAAAGCACUCUGUAAAACCAUAGAAUGGGCAAAAUGAUAAUUCCAUUCAGAAUUAUGUACUCAAAUUUUGUUGAGAGUAAACCACUUGAAAUGCUAGGGUUGAACUUCAUUAUAACGUGUUCAUUUUAUAUCAUACAAGAAGUUGUUAGUGUCUUUGAAUUGAUACUGAAGUGUUAAAUGUUUUAGAUGGUCAGACACGAAGACACAUGUUGUUGUUUUGUCUACGUUGUUGAUGUGGCAGGUAUUUUUGUUGAUGUACUGUUCCACCAUCUUGUUCUAUAUUGUGGACUUGAGAUAAGAUAUAACAAAUGGUAUCAUAUUAUUGAGGGGCUUUAUUUUUUCUUUUUUAGGGAUGAAAUAAAACAACAAAAAUUACAUACUGUGUAGAUAAAAAUUAGUGAAAAAACUUUAAUUUGCAUUUGCUAUAGUCUUUUGGUAAAACUAGAAAAAAGAAAAAGAAAUAAACCCAUUAACAUUCAGCAAGAAAAGUUAGAUACGUGACAGAGUGGGACUGGUUAUAUUAAGAUUGCCAUUCUUUUGAUUAAAUGGUCUUAUAAUUCUGACCAUGGAGAUGGUGCAACGUUACUGAAGUUGUUUUGUUGAUUAAUCAUGGUAUGUUGAUUUAGAGAACAUGUGAGUUUUCCUGUUGAUUUUUAAAGCAUCAUUAGGAAAUUGUAUUUAUGAUACCGUAAUGUACCAAUGUGUGGUAUGAUAAAAUAGAUGUCACUGUGGUUAAAAUCUCCAGAUUACUGCAAAUUUUAUUUUUUUAGAGGUUCAGUUUUUUGCUAUUUUCGAGAAUGGAAGAGAAUCAGGAACAAUGGAUACAGUGAAAAUACAAUUGACAGAAAAGUUCUUAGUACACAUUUGUCUUGCUUCAAGUUUAUGGUAUAAAAAUUUGAACCAUCGAGGAGAGAUUAAAAAAGAAACAUUCACAAAAUAUUGUUGACCAUGGCCUCUGCCUGUAGUAUUUAUUAGUCUGCUGAGUCUCUUUUUCACAAAUACACUAAUUAUCAGCAGCAUUCCCUUUUAAAGGUAAGAAUUGUCCAGUUUUAAUCCCAAGUUUUAAAUUUUGAAAGUAUCCUUACAACAAUUCUAGUUUGGCAAAUUUUAAUUCUUUUCCUUUGAAAUUUGGAUUAUUACUGUAUUGAAUCAGUCCGAUUCAUGAAAUAAAAUUAAUAUGGACAAUUUCAACUACUAUUUUAAGAACAUCAUUUUUCACAAAUGCGAUCUUUUUGUCUUUUUUCAGUAAAAAAAAAAGUGACUACUAACCAUAGUUGGUGCUACUUUUAAUACAGGUUAUUGCAUUUUCUUCUUGUGAACAUUUCAACGUACAACCUUAAUCAUGGUCAUCAAUUGUCAUUAUCAUCACUGUCAGUUUAUACGGUGGAAUCACUUACACAGAUCAAUUUGUUCAUGUUGUUGUAUUGUACUCGGGUGGUUUCAUCAUAAUGAGAUCCCAAUAGUUGUGUCUGUGAUAUUUUUCUUUUUCCAUCCUGUAAAUAAGAAAAUAUGUAAAUAUUGAAACAACACUGUGAUAUAUAUAUGGUACAAAAUUUUUCAUCCUGAUUGUCAUUGUAAAUACUGUUGGGAUUCUAAUUUUGCUUUUUUGGAUUAUGACUAUGUUGUAGAAAAAUUGAAAGUGAAGCUUUCGUUUGUGUUUACAAAUAAAUUAGUAAAAAUCUGGAAUGGAGACCUGAUGCUAAUAACAACCAUUCCGUCAAAACUUGAAUCUCCUGAAUGUAUUUAUUAUCUAAGAAGCAGAUAAAACCAGGGCUUGUCAAUGCUGAUGUGUCCCAGCUGUACAAUAAACCAGUUUAAACUGUUUGUAAUCUUUUGGUACCUUGAUAACAAUAUGGCAGUGCUCACUGAAAGGCUGAAAAUCCCUGUGUCUUUCAAGUAGAUGUCAGGUUUAUGUGUCCCUCACAGAUAAACAUUGUUGUCCCUGUGUCCCUCAAAUUUCAACAACUUGACUAUUGUGUCUGUGUCCUAAGGUCCUUCAGACAUGAAUGCUAUUUUUUCACAAACAUGGACACUGUGUCAUUUUCCUCCUCAUUCAUACAAAUGAAUUCAUCAUAUCCCUUACCUACAAGAUCAGGUGCUUUCUGUGUUUCUCAAGUAAAAUUUCAGAUCUUUUAAUAUCGUGGGACUUAAUUUCAGAUUUGUGUCACCAGAUCACUGCUUCUAACAUGCAGAAUGUACGACUUUUUAUACCUGUUACCUGUCGUCAAGGCAUGAGUCUAGCUGGACCUGGCUCUUUGAUCUGUCACAUAUGCUUCUGGAGUAUAUCUGAGGGAUCAUAAAAUUCAAUUACCUGAUUGUUUUCAGAAAAUCUUUGUUUUUGUAUAACUUGCAAACAAGCCCUGUCUCCAUGCUAUACCAAAAAUGUACAUGUUUUCAAAAAUAUCUCAUUUGGAAAAUUAAACAGAAUUAAUCUUUUACCAUUCCUAUAACAUAGACAUUUUAGAGCACUUGAAAUUUUCUCACUGAUGUUGUCAUGUGUUUUAAGAUUUUCACUUACAAUGUUUUAUCAAUUUAUCUCCCUGUCAGUUGUAGAAAAUAUUCAUUUAUUUUACAUGGAAAAAACAUCACAUUUUGUGCUCUUGUGACUUUCCCCUGAUAUGAACAGUUUUAAAUGAGUGAAUAUACAUGUAUGUACAGCAUAUGUAUACACUAUGCUAAUGAUAAAGGAUCGUUUUCACUGCAGUAGUUAAGACAAAAUGAAUAGAGAUACGUGGUUGCUAUAAUAUUUGUCAUACAUAAAAUGGGAUGUUUUUUUAUAAGCAUUAAGAAUGACUAAACAAAAAUUUUGUUUUGAAAUGAGUCAGUUGCUAUGUAACUUUCACCCUUGUAAUAUAUACCGGUAUAUAUAAUUCUUAUUGUGUUGCAGAAUAAAAACUAUAGAUACGCAAUUCGGGGUGAAAAACUAGAAACAAUGAAGGUUUGAUGCAGUUAUGAAUCUUUUGUUUUGUUCGUUAAAAAUAAAAUCAACAAAGUACAGUUGAUACUUAACAUAGUAGAGAAUUAGACAAAACCAACUUUCAUCUUUAUAUGGUAAUGGGGCAAGUUGUUUCCUUUAAUUGUGUGAUAGGCUAUAAGUUGAAUGAGAGUUGUAGGGUAGCUGCCAUUAUGUCAACCAAUGUUCAUUGUUCAUUAGGUAGUUGUGCACUUUUUAAGCUUACUACAAGUAAUCUUUUUAAUGAUAAAUUAAUGGUAAUCAAUGACAAAAGAGUUCCAUUUUAUGGAGUUCUAUAUAUACCUGACAUGGUAAUAUGAAAAAUGGAAGAUAUUUAAUAUCAAAUCUGAUUUAUUAUUAUUAGUGUUUUUAAAAUAGAAACAAGUUAGAAUUAAAAGGAUUUGUUACUCAUAAAAGAACAGAAAAUUUUCAACAUAUCUGUAGUUCAGUGUGAUUUUUAGCUUGAUGUCUAAUUUCACAUAAUCCGUCCAAGUGGUUAUUUCUAUCAAAAUAGGAAUGUUUGUAUUUUUAUGUUAUCAUGAAAAGAAAAGAGACUUGUCUCCAUUCUUCAACAUCAGCUUGUCAACAUAAAUGCAAUAUGUUAUGACUGAGAAAAUUGUUUGGUUUUUAGGUAACACUUUGUUACAUUAUUUUCACACAGUAACUGCAGAGAGCUGGCCGUGUCUGUGUUAUAUAUCACUCUUUAAUGACCUCUCACAAGACUGAGACUAUUUUAGUCCUCUCCAAAUAAAUAUAAAUAGCUACA